CUACUGAAAGGUGACACAAAUUCCACUAAAGAAUGGCAGUCAAAGGACUUUCAGAAAAACAAAAAGCUGCUUUGGCGGAAAUAGUCACUGCUGAAACUUUAUUCGACAUUGAAGAAUAUAUUAGACCUGAAUUUUGUAACAAAUCAGAAAGCCGAGAGUUGUUCACGUCGGAUGUGCAUUUGAACUCAUUGAGGAGACGCAUUGUUCAGGAUGGUCAUGGAAGGUGGAGGGAGAUAAAUCCACAACAUUACUCUAGCAAUUUACUAUCACCAUUAAGGAAAAAUUCAGGAAUAGCCAAAAGAGAGAGUCGAUCAGAUCUCAAACAUGGAGCUGCUGAAACUUCUUACAACAUUCACACAAUCAAUCCAAAUUAUAACAAUCUUUCUAUGGCCUUGAGAUCCAAUGUUUUCCCAGGACUUGGAAAUAAUCAUUGGCAUAGUACAACAGCUAAAGUUUACAAAACACAACACGUGAUUCCAACUUCACAAAGGGAGAAAUUUUUUGGCGUGCAAACUGAUGAGUUUGGAAAGUGGUCAGCUGCUAACGUUCACCAUGAAAGAAUGAAGAAAAAGUGGGAGACAUAUCUUGAUUCUCUUCCAAAACAGGCAGGUAACUGAGUUUAUCUUUGAACAUUAUUUCACUGCUAUACCAUGCUGUGUCAAAAUUUCCAUUGUGUACUCAAAUUAAAUGAACAGUAAAGUGAUUCACCAGAAAAUGUUAAGCUCCAGGAUAGUGGUGAUUAGGCAAGACUCAAGGGAAUUAGGCCUCGUGGAGGCCACUCAAACUCCCCAAACUUGGGCACAUUCUUACUGUCUCUCCAAAAGCUCCAAUGAUUACUUCCUCCAACAGGAAAUAAUGAAUAUUGCUUUUAAGUCUUUAAGCAGAGUUCAAUACAUUGCAUAAGGUGCAGUUCUGCUGAUCCUGUAGUCCGAGAGUCUGGGUUGAAGGAAUGUUUUCAAAAGUAUUGACAGAUGUUUGGGCAAACUUUAAACUGACUGUACUUUACCUUUCUGCUGGCUGAGACUCAAAUAGGUGCAAAUUGUGCACGAUUAGUUGGUUUUUGAUCCACUAGUAUAAGUUUGUUUGUUGUGUAUUGGUGAAUAGGUAGUUAGUUUGGUGCUAGAAGUUGCUAACAUUUUAAAAUUUUUGAGAGGAGUUUGUUCUAAGUGAACUAGCUUUCCAGAGUCAGACAUUAAAAGUUGUUAUAGCUUUAGGGAACCAAUUGAUAAAUAAUGUGGUUUGAAGGUUGAAGGUGUUUAAAAAUGUGAUCACUGAAUAAAGGAGGUAAGUUUCCAAAGAAAAUGUGAUGCUGAAUUGAUGGGGGUUAUACAGAAUAGUUUGGUGUUAUAAACUGAAGUAAUAAUGUAUAUUAGCCACUGUUAAAAGUUAGUAGAAGCCCUUCAUUAGAGUGCAGCACUAACAUAUGGCUAAUGCUUGAAAUGCCAUCUUUUGAAAUUCUAUAGUGGCCAAUUUACAUCAAAAACGUAUUAUGAUUAUUGACCUUCCAAUUCCUUAAUAGCACAAAUGACCUUUAUAGCCCAUAGCCAGGUCACAUUUUCACUCCUGGUAAAUGAUUGCUUAACAGAAAAGGGAAUGUUGCAAUGUGCUUCAUGAGUUCUGGGUAAAAUAACGAUUAAUUGCUGGUUCUCUUGGUCUUCCAAACAGAUGGGGAUAUCUAAUACUUGACCUGAGGUAACAUCUAGAUAGCCUCACCCUUAACCUGUGGCAUAACAUUUAAAGGUGCAUGACAUGGAAAUGGUUAAUCAAAUGAGCAGCAGUGAAACCACACUUAUGUUUUAAUACCUAUCAAAUUUAAUUAAAGAAAACUGGCCUCCCCAAGAACCAAAACAAGUAACCACCAAGGUUGAGGAGCGCCCACCACAAGCAAAGGUAAAGAAACCCAACCCUAAACCUAAGGCACAAAAGAAGCAGACGCCAGUUGAUGAGAAAAAAGUUGCACAUGAAGAUAGUGUGCCUUCAAAACCAAUAGAAAUCAUUCAAGAUGAGGAUAAUGAUGAUAACUUUUGGGAUUUUUAUGACAAACCUUUCAAUAAACCAACUUAGCUGUGAGUGCAGUCUCUUAAUUUAUGUCUGUAGAGGAAACUUUUUGAUAUCACAUAACAUUACCAUCAUUAUAACCACAUAUACUUAGUGUCUUGCUAGUUAGUUAUUUUGUUAAGGUGAUGGUACUCUGUCAACAUGUAAUUGAAAUGAUGUAAAUAAAGAAAGUAUUUAUGACUGUGACAAACCACCC